AUGGAGCAAAAAGCGGAGAAACUUUGUUCAAAAUUACCUGGAGGGACUACCUGUUGUGUGCCUAAAUGCUCAAGUAAUAGUGUGAGAACACCUGGUGUUUCAUUUCACAAGUUUCCAAAGGAGCCGAGUUCGAAAGAAACGUGGUUAAAUCUAUUGGGAAUUUCAAAACAACCGUUAAAAAGCCACAAAGUUUGCUCCUUACACUUUCCUGGUGGUAAAAAAGUAUUGGGGGCUCUGCCCAGGUCUAGUUCAUUUUCAAAUAGACAAACGUCCAAUAGUAAAUGUGGAAGAAUUGUAACUGAAAAUAUGAAGCGAAUAAGCACUACACAGCACGCAGGGAAACAUGACAUGCAACAAACAAAUGAAAUAAGUGAACUUUUUGCACUAAAAUCCGAACUUGAACAGCUAAAAAAAGAAAAUGCAUCUUUGAAAACUAAACAUGAUGAGCUAUCUACCAAAUACAAGUUAUGUGCACUACGUUUAGAACAUGUAAUAGCUAGUGAUGCGAACUUCAAAUUCUACACCAGUUUUCCCAACUAUACAACUUUCAAAGCCUUUUUCAACUAUUUGCAACCAGCUUGUAAUCUUUUGAUGUAUGCGGGAACAAAAAAUUCACAACAUGCAUCAGAGACACAAGCAAAACGUGGUACACAAAGGAGCUUAACACCUGAACAAGAGUUAUUCAUGGUUUUGGUUAGAUUGCGCUGUGGUUUAUUGGGUCUUGAUGUUGCUAAUCGCUUUGGCAUUUCACCAGCCCAGUAUUCUCGAAUUGAAACAACUUGGCUAGCUUUCCUUUAUCACAGGCUAAGAGCUCUACCUAUUUGGCCUUCACGUCAAUAUAUUCAAAACACUAUGCCAAAAGCUUUUAAAGAUUCCUACCCAAAUACACGUGUUAUCAUAGACUGCACUGAACUUUUUAUCGAAAGACCCACAUCAUUUCGUAGUCAAUCCGCAACCUAUUCCUCAUAUAAAAACCACAACACAGCAAAGGGGCUAAUUGGCAUUUCACCUGCUGGAUACCCUACAUUUAUUUCAGAGCUUUACACUGGUCGCUCUAGUGACAAACAAGUCACCAGAGACUGUGGUAUUUUAAACUUGUUAGAGGCAGGUGAUGAUUUGAUGGCAGAUAAGGGCUUUGAUAUAGAGGAUGAAAUGCCUGAAGGGGUAAAACUGAACAUACCCCCUUUCCUAAAUAAUCAGCAGCUCUCUAUUCAGGCAGAAAAUGAGACAAGAAAAAUAGCCGCAGUUAGAGUUCAUGUGGAACGUGCCAUUCAACGAAUUAAAUGUUUUCGGAUUUUAAAGAAUGUGUUUCCUUUGAGUAUGGCAUCAGAGUUAAAUAAAGUAUGGGUCAUCUGUUCCUACUUGACACUAUUUCAGCCACCUCUAAUCAAUUCUAAUUCUGAACAGGAGUAA